UUUGUCUGGUUGGUGCCCCUCGUGCGACGCGCGACUCUCCUAUUCGACAACGUGCUGCCAGAGCUUAACUUGAUUGUGCGAAACGCCUUUGUGAGCCACUCCACUGUCAAAGCAAGGCAACUUUGCUGCGUAUAAUAGGCGAGGAUGGCUUCAGACGAUGCAACCCGCCCCCCUUCACCCCCUGCUCUGCAGGAGCACUCCCCUGACUCAGUCUACACAAAGAGCAACCCCUGGUUCACGCCUGUCAGCCAGCCCACGCGUUUCCCACCACCGUCCACACCUUCCUCCUCCGCUUCCAGCAGCAGCUUCACACUCGACGAGGACGACACCUAUAGCUGCGCCAAGUCCGACCCCAACGCCCUCAAGCUCCUCACUUCGCCUGCACACGAGUCAGAGCGCGACGCCACACACUCGACCGAGCGCAAGGCUCUCUCGCAUUCCGAAUGGCUGCAUCAGUUCGCUGAGCAGGCACGCCGUGCGCACAUGCGCAACAUCUCCGGGUCCCCGCCUAGCCUCAACCUCGAUGCCUCGCCCUUCGUGCCCGCCGCGUUCCGACCCCUGGACGCCGACGACGACUUCAUAUACCCCGACCCCGACGUCUCGUACGAGAAGGCCGAGCCAGCCUUCCUGCAGGUCAAACAGUCCUGGCUCAGCGCGUUCCGCCGCGGGUGCAUCACGGUCGACCCCAAGGCGCGUCGCAUGUAUGCGCAGGAUGUUGUAGCGCUCGGUUCAUGGGAUGUGGACGCCCUCGUGGAACUCGCGAACAAGGUCACCGACCGCAUCUCAGAGGGGUACGGCGAAGAACUCGCGGUCCUCGCGCCGUUCGCGCGCGACCUCGCGAGGAGCCUCGCGGCGGACGUCGGAGCGGCGGCGGCAGACACGUUCAAGGACCUCCUGCGCGAGUGUGUGCUCACUGAGUUCGCUGUCUGGUGGGACAUGGACUUCCCCACCUCCGUCGCCACCCUCCGCUACGAGUUCUGGGGGGACACCUUCCGGCUCUUCGACAUCGCCUUCGCCGUCGCGUCAUUCGUCGGCGCCGCCUCCGCACAGCAGCUCCUCCCGGCGAGCGCGGUGCACCACUGCCUCGCGCUGCUCGUCCGCAAGCUCGCGAUGCUCGAGCAGGUCCAGGCCGUCCACGCGAUCGUGUCCAACGCGGAUGCGGCGCUGUACGACGGGCGCGCGCUCCUGCUGCUCAUGAGCGUGCUCAAGUUCCGCUCUGAACGUGUGCCUGCGGGCACGAGCGUGCUCGGGGAGGCGUUCUCAGAGGAGGACGUCAGGGUGUAUGUGAAGGAGAUCGGCGUGCGCGUUGAUGGAUGGGUGAAGGCUGGACCUUCCUCAGAGCGAGAGCAUGACAAAUCCAUUGAGGACCCGGAGACUGACGACGUAGAGCGGGCCUCUGCGAGUCCUCCCGCCCCAAGACACCCAUUGCGGGAUUCGGAUUCAACAGACGAAGUGAUACCCGCGCACCGUCCUCCAACGAAGCAGACCCGGCCCGCACCCCUCUCAUAUAGCGACAUGGUCAAGAAGCGGAAGAAGACAUAGCGCAUUCUCCUUCAGAUUCGGAGGCGUCGUCAAUACCAGAUCCGAUGUACUGACGCGCUGUAGUAUAGUUGUACGAGUAGUCUGUGACUGUUGCUGCUUGCGGA